AUGGAUGUUGAAACUAUUAAACUACACCUUUUUCGUUUUGGAUUUGUUGAGAACUAUUUUGUUUGGACGUAUCAAGGAGAAAAAGAAGUGAUCGAUGAGAUGUCUAUUGAUUUACCUAAUGAUACACAACCUGGAUUGGGAUAUGAUAAUCCAUAUCGCCAAAUGGUUUUGGAUGCAGCUGGAUCAAACUUUGGUCAGGGCUCGAGUUGGCAAUCUUAUAGUAAUGACGAACCUGAGUCGUCUCAUCAUUGUGAACCUCCAAUGGAGGAACAUCCUAAUCCUUCAAUGGAGCAGGAACCUAAUCUUGAGUCGCAAAGGUUUUAUGAUUUACUUCAAGACGCUGAUGCAGAAUUGUAUCCUGGUUCUUCCAUCUCUCAACUUGCCGUAGUUUCUAGGAUGCUAAAUAUAAAAAUGGAGAAUACUUUGUCACAGAGGGGUUAUAAUCAAGUGAUGCAACUAUUGAAAGAGGCAUUACCUGAAGAUAACAAGGUUCUCGAUAGUUAUUAUCAAACCAAGAAGCUAGUGCGUAGCUUGGGUUUGCCUGUUGAAAAAAUUGAUUGUUGUAACUCAGGAUGUAUGUUGUAUUGGGAAGAUGAUAUAGACCUAACAUCUUGUAAAUUUUGUGGCUAUGAGAGGUUUAAACGUCGUGUUGGUUCUCGUAAGAGAAAAUUGGUCCCUUACAAAAAAAUGUAUUAUUUUCCUCUUAUUCCUAGAUUGCGGAGAUUAUAUGCAUCUCAUGCUACAACUGCCGACAUGAGAUGGCAUCAUGAGCAUAUACAAGAAGAGAGGGUAAUGCGUCAUCCAUCAGACUCUGAGGCUUGGAAGAACUUUAAUGAAACUCAUUCCUUUUUUGCUUCUGAACCAAGGAAUGUGAGGUUGGGGUUAUGUACUGAUGGUUUUCAGCCAUUUGCUCAAUCUGGAAGAAAAUACUCUUCAUGGCCGGAGACAGAUGUGGAAGCAUUUGACAUCUCAAAAAAGCAAAAUUUUCAAUUACGGGCAGCUUUGAUGUGGACUAUCAAUGACUUUCCAGCAUAUUCUAUGUUAUCAGGAUGGAGUACCAGUGGAAACUUAGCAUGCCCUUAUUGUAUGGAGGAAACACAAUCCUUCAGAUUACAAUAUGGUGGGAAGACAACUUGGUUUGAUAGUCAUAGAAUGUUUCUUGACCAAAAUCAUCCAUUUAGGAGAGAUCGUAAGAACUUUCUUAAAGGUCAUAUUGUCACCAGAUUGCCACCACCUGUAAGAACAGGACAGGAAAUUUUGAAUCAAAUAUGUGAGUUGGGGAUAAGGAAAGUAACUGAAUUAGAUGCAAAAGAAGUUAAUAAAAGAAUUUGUAAGUCUUGUGGAUGGAAAAAACGAAGCAUCUUUUGGGAUUUGCCUUAUUGGAGUUCUAAUAUGAUACGACAUAAUCUUGACGUAAUGCAUAUUGAGAAGAAUGUCUUUGAUAAUGUAUUUAACACUGUUCUUGAUGUUGAUGGCAAAACCAAAGACAAUCCAAAAACACGUCUAGAUGUUGUAAAAUAUUGCAAUCGGACAAAUUUGGCAAGGAAUCCUGAUGGAAGCUAUCCUAAAGCUGCAUAUACAAUAAAAAAGGAUAAAAAAAAGGUCUUGUUUGAUUGGUUGGAAGGUGUGAAGUUUCCAGAUGGUUAUGUUUCAAAUAUGAAUCGAUGCCUUGACACGGAAAAAUUUAAGCUAUUUGGGAUGAAGAGUCAUGAUUGUCAUGUGUUCAUGCAACGACUAUUGCCAAUUGCCUUUCGUGAAUUACUUCCUAAUAAUGUGUGGCAGGCUCUUACAGAGUUGAGUUUAUUUUUUAAAGAUCUUACUUCAACUACUCUUCGAGUGGUGGACUUGGAGAGAUUAGAGGUACACAUCCCACAAAUUUUGUGUAAGUUGGAACGCAUAUUUCCUCCUGGAUUCUUUAACUCAAUGGAACAUUUACCAGUGCACCUUCCAUAUGAAGCACGAAUUGCUGGUCCUGUACAAUAUAGAUGGAUGUAUCCUUUUGAAAGGUACCUACGAACUCUGAAAAAUAUGAUUGGGAACAAAGCUAGUGUUGAAGGUUCUAUUUGUGAAGCGUACUUGAUGGCAGAGUCAACACAAUUGUUUUCUCAUUAUUUUGAACCUCAUGUUAUGUCACGUCAUCAUAAUGUGACCCGUAACGAUGAUGGUGGUGUUAUGAAAGAUGUUGAAGGAAACUUAUCAAUAUUCACCCAUCCAAGCAGGCUAUCGGGAGAAGCAAAAAAAAGAGAUUUAUCUCUUGAAGAAAUUAAGGCUGCCCAAACUUAUAUUCUACUAAAUUGUCAAGAGCAUGCAUUGCAACGUUUGCAAGAAGAGUUCCCGAAUCUACCUCAAGAUCAAAUAGAUGAGAGUCUCGAAUCAUAUUUUUCUAUAUGGUUCAAGGAAUAUGUUCGAUCCAACCAUAUUGAAAAUGAAUACUUGAGUAGUCUUGCUCAUGGACCACUAAUAAGCGCAUGCGCUUAUCCAGUGUGUUUUGUUAAUGGAUACAAGUUUCACACAAUACAUCGCGGUAGUGUAAGAUCAACAACGAAUAGUAGAGUUUGUAUAUCUGAUCCAAAUGUUGGUGAUUACUAUGGAAAGAUACAACAAAUUAUACAAUUGGAAUAUCGUAGAGCACCUUUAAAGCAAGUUGUAUUAUUCAAGUGUGAAUGGUUUGAUCCAACAAUGAAUGUUGGUGUUAAGGAGCACAAUCAAUAUAAAUUGGUCGAUGUUAAUCAUCGUCGUCGAUUUAAAAAAUAUGAACUUUUUAUUCUUGCAAUGCAAGCAACUCAAGUGUGUUAUAUGCCUUAUCCUAGCUCAAAGAGGGAUAAGGAUGAUUGGUUAACUGUAUUAAAAGUCAGACCUAGAGAUGUUAUUGAAUCACCUGAUGAGGGAGGGAUCAAAAUACCAGAAUCAAAUCUUCCAUUCCAAGUUGAAGAAGUUGAAGUCCAUGAGAUAGAUAUGAAUAUUACUAUUGAUGAAGAUAUACCUCUGCAUGAUCCAAAUGGGGAGACAAUUGAAAUGGCUGAGCCAAUUAAUGAUGGUUUGUUAUUAGAGCACCAUGAAUUAGAAGAAGAAUCUACAGAAGAUGAAGGUGAAACUGAGGAUGAAACUGAAGAUGGGGAGGAUGAGGAUGAGGAGCUCGAAGAUGAAAUAGAUACAGACUAG